AUGUCUCCACAAUUCAACCCUGGGAUCGCUGAUUUCGGCGACUCUGUUUUAUUUCUGCCUCGUUUGCCCUGGGCCAAAGCCGACCCUCUCGUGCGCGGAAAAAUCUAUCUGUUCGAAGAUCCUGGAAAGAAAGCUGAAAAUCUCAUCGAAGGAGAGUCUAAUCAUGUGAUCAAGAGAUGCAUCGCCGUCGAGGGAGAUAAAGUUAUGAUCCAGAAUGACAAAACUAAAGAGAUAGAGUACGUCGAAGUUCCCAAAGGUCAUUGUUGGCUGGAAUCGGAUAAUUAUACGUAUAACGCUGGUCAAUAUCCCGACUCUCUCAAAUAUGGGCCGAUUUCAAACGAGCUUGUGUAUGGUAGAGUUGCACUAGCUAUUCGUAGACUGAAUAUCUUUCCGACUUUCUAUCCACAUCCUCAAAACUAUGAACUCAUCGACGUUUAUGAUGCGUUACCUCAUCAGCGAAUAGUCAUCAGUCCCAAUACACGAAACGAAGAUUUUAUGGCUAUCGAUAAAAUGAAAAACCUGCCAAACAAAGAAGAUAUGACAGAGCUGCCAAAAGGCCCCGCUGAUCUUGCGAUGGAGGGAAAGACUGUUGAAGAAAAACAAGGAUGGACGUAUAAUUACGGGUUUAAAUUAUUUACGCGCGAAAGCUCUUCCUCGAGUGGAUUCUUCACAAAGUCAUCUUUCAACGAGCUCACGAGUAAUAUGGACUCGAUAAUGAAAGCUUGUGGUAAAAUCCCAAAUUUGAACAACUCGCCUCCUUACAUCCUCAGUAUUCUUCCGGAUAUCCACACGAUUCUCCACAAAAUUGUAACAGAGCAUGAUCGAGACUUUCAUGCGCUGGCAGAUAAUGAUUACUUCCAAGUAUCUGCAUUCAAUCUCGCCGAAAAAUGUCGUGAGCUAAAGAGAAUCCUCAAAAACGACCCCUCUUCACAUCACAUUCUAAAAAGUUCAGUCCGACGAGAACUGUCAAAGUAUUCCCUCGUCUUCAGCCAUAUUCUUCAUGAGCUAAACGCCUUCUUUUCAAAUGGGACAUUCACAGGGGGCCGCUUCAAAAUAACCAAAUCAGAGGCGAAGGCCUUUUGGGAGCAAAAUUUCGGUGCACAGGCGAUCAUCAACUGGCAGGUUUUCAAACGCGAACUUACGAAAGUCCACCAAAUCGACAACAGUAUAGAUCUGGAGCGCGCUUUGCAAGAAACAAUUCAGCUGACAAAAAGCCAAUAUGUUAGCAAAUUCGAAUUCGAUGUUUUUACAAGGCUAUUUCAGCCCUGGCCGCAGCUUCUUGUUAACUGGAAGGUACUCGCUGUCACACACCCUGGCUACUCAGCCUUCAUUACCUACGAAGAACUUCACGAAGAGCUUCAGCCGCAUAGUCAAUGGGCGAUAGGCUACGUCAACCAAUCCGGCGAAAUCUUGCAAACGAUUCCUGAGAACAAAUCCCUGAUGAAAGUCCUAAUAGACGGCGAACGAAAUGGCUACUAUACAAAGCCAAAGGGGCGCCCUGAAAACCCGGAUUUGACGCGUUAUCUUCACGAAACAAAGCCGGAAAAUAUCGAAGUGCCCGAAGAAAGCGUGCAGAUUUAUUUCGACAUGGGAACGACGUUUAAUUUGUGCAAAGUGUGCCUGGACAGGGAUAAGGACAUCAGAAUAGAGCCCUGCAAUCAUUUAGUUUGUGCUGAUUGCGUGGCGAAAUGGAAGGUCAAGGAUAACAGUCCGACGCCGACAUGCCCGUUCUGUAGAUGUGACAUUAGGGAUACAACUCCGAUUUGUCUCGAUAAUGAUAAAAACUCGAACAAACCACAAGAAACGAACCGACCUCUGCCACCGAUCCCUGUCGAUCCUCCCUGCAUUCCACCAUCAUCAGAUCCAGACGACGAUCUUUACAUGAACGAGUUUGAUGAUGAACCGACUCCUCCACCAGUUGCUCCUUGUCCACCAAAAGAGCCAGAAGUGUUCAACACUGUAGCAGCCGGACUCAAGAAGCUCUACAACUCCAAGCUCAAGCCGCUUGAAGAUGCCUACAAAUUCCAUGACUUCCACUCCCCGCCCCUCGAUGAUGCUGAUUUCGAUGCCAAACCGAUGAUCCUGUUAGUUGGUCAGUACUCGACUGGUAAAACGACCUUCAUCAAGUAUUUGCUGGAAUCCGAGUUCCCUGGAAUGCGAAUCGGCCCUGAACCAACCACUGAUUGUUUCAUCAUCAUCUCUAAGGGCGAUGAAGACGCAACGACAGGAUCGAUCAACGAAGGCAUCAUUCCAGGAAACGCCCUUGUCGUCGACAAGACAAAGCCAUUCAGAGCGCUUUCUUCGUUCGGAAACAACUUCUUAUCGAGAUUACAAUGCUCUCAAAUGGACAACCCCGUUCUGGAUUCGAUCUCCAUUAUCGAUUCUCCCGGUAUUCUUUCUGGAGAGAAACAGCGAGUCAACCGUGGAUAUGACUUUUCAAAGGUUCUAACAUGGUUCGCCGAACGAGUCGACAGAAUCAUCCUCCUCUUUGACGCACACAAACUUGAUAUUUCCGACGAGUUUCACGAAGCUCUCAACGCUGUCAAGGGUUACGACGACAAAAUCCGCGUCGUCUUGAACAAGUCCGAUCAAGUCAACACGCAGCAGUUGAUGCGAGUCUACGGUGCUCUCAUGUGGUCCCUUGGAAAAGUCAUCACUACUCCAGAAGUCGUUCGAGUCUACAUCGGUUCCUUCUGGGAUCAGCCUUUCCUUCACUCGGAGAAUCGAGCUCUCUUUGAGGCCGAAAGUGGCGAUUUGUUUGCCGAUCUCCAGUCAUUGCCAAGAAAUGCGGCUCUGAGGAAAUUGAAUGAUCUUAUCAAGCGAGCUCGUCUCGCCAAGGUUCAUUGUUUCAUCAUUGCUCAUUUACACGACAACAUGCCCGCCAUGUUCGGCAAAGAAAAAGCCAAAGCCAAGUUGAUCGCUAACCUCCAACAAACCUACACCGAGUUGAGCAAGGCCCAUGGUAUCUCGCCCGGUGAUUUCCCAGACGUUCGAAAGAUGCAGGAGCUUCUGAAGGACGCUGACUUCUCUAAAUUCCAAUCUUUGCGUGAAACAUAUCUCAAAAAGGUUGACGUUAUGCUUGGGAAAGAAAUUCCGGAAUUAAUGAAGAUGAUCCAGAAGGAAGAAGCUGCGGCGAAUUUGAAGGAGAAAGAGCAGCCAUCAAUCAAGGGGGGCGGCGCGCUUGGCGGGCUAGUCGACAAUCCCUUCGGAACUGGCUACGGCCGCGGUGUCGACGAAGGCCGUGAUGAAGACGACUGGCCAAAAUACGAUAGAAUUUUUAAUGACCUCAACCCCGUCAAUGGCAAAGUCUCUGGUAGUGCCGCCAAGAACGAAAUGGUCAAGUCAAAAUUGCCAAACUCGGUGUUAGGAAAGAUUUGGAAACUGGCCGACCACGACAAAGACGGCUACCUUGACGACGAAGAGUUUUCACUGGCCAUGCACUUGAUCAAGGUCAAACUCGAGAACAACGAGCUUCCCACCAGACUACCGGAACAUCUUGUACCCCCAAGCCAGCGUGACGGAAAUUUCUAA